AUCCCGAUGAACGAUAUAUUGAAUUUAUAUUUAAACUACGCGCUGAUGCGCCGCCAUAUUGAUUUCUAGUAUUUCCGGCGUCCGUUACGUAGCGCUAAAAAAUUGCAGUAAAUAUUUAUAAUUUACAUGAGAAAAAACUUGGAAGCAUUGAAAAAGAGAAUGUUGUUCGAAUAAUUUUUCAGAAUCGCGACUUUAUUAAAGAUAUGUGAUUUUUCAAGCUUAUCACGAACGUAAUGGCAUCUACGAACGAGUUCGGUCCAGAUUCUGGUGGUAGAGUAAAGGGCGUUACCAUAGUCAAGCCUAUAGUUUACGGAAAUGUAGCACGUUACUUUGGCAAGAAGAGGGAGGAGGAUGGACACACGCAUCAAUGGACCGUGUACGUCAAGCCGUACCACAACGAGGAUAUGUCCACCUACGUGAAGAAGGUGCAUUUCAAAUUGCACGAGAGUUACAACAAUCCUAAUCGUAUUGUGACGAAGCCGCCGUACGAGUUGACGGAAACGGGCUGGGGAGAAUUCGAGAUAGUCAUUAAGAUCUACUUUCACGAUCCGAACGAACGUCCCGUAACAAUAUAUCACAUACUGAAAUUGUUUCAAUCGACGCCUGAGAUACAGUUGGGGAAGAAAAGUCUAGUGUCCGAAUUUUACGAGGAGAUAGUUUUUCAAGAUCCAACCGCGUUGAUGCAACAUCUACUAAGUUCCAGUAGACCUAUAACGCUCGGGGUUUGGCGACACAAUACAGACUUUGAGGCAUUGAAGGAAUCUACGAUGAAGGACAUCAUGGAGGCACGCAACAAGAUAAGACUCGAAGUGAUAGAUUUGAAAGAGAAAUUGACCCUGGCGAAAGAGACUAUCGCAAAAUUCAAGGAAGAGAUCGCAAAGAUUUCCAAAGCUGGCGGAAGUUUAUCCGUCGCCUAAUUACACCAUUUCAAGAUGGAUAUCGAAGAAAACGACUAUUUGUUGGCUUGGGCUAACGAAUACAAGACCUGUUUCCAUGUAUAAAGUGUACAUAAUUUCGUAAUUAUAACUUUAUUUCAAUUAAUUUUAAGAAUUUUUAUUACAUUGUAUAUUUAACAUGAUUACCGUUAAGAAAAUAAAAUUUUUUCUAUUCUGCAACAUGGACGGCGUUUAGGUAUUAGUUAUAAGCACUCACAAUAAAGUUUGUCUCUAAUUUCAAAUGCUUUAUGUAGUUUAUUUUAAUUUAAGAAGGCUAUAUUGUGGGAUAUAUGCAAAAGAAAUUUAUCGCCCUGAAAUGAACAAAAU